AUGACCCCACUAAAGGAGGACAAUCCUGGUGGCCUGGUGAAUGAGGAUGACAAAGACUACAUCCUAGAUCACCCAGAACAUGUGAGAUUUAUUGGAGAACAUGCCUGAGAAAUAUGGAGGAUAUUUUUUUCUGAAACGAUCUUAAGUUGUACUGUGGUGUCAUAGCGUUAUGAUAUUCAAGUGUCUAUGGUUUGGUUAAUGACUCCUGCAUUUUUCCUUUUGGUAAAGCUGAACCGCAUGGUGCCUGGAGGGCUGUCUGUGAUGGGCAUGUUUGUGGUCUCCCCGUCCCAUCAGACCAAAGAGAGCCAUAUGAAAAUGAGGCGGCUGAGGCAGGAAUUUCUUCUUUGUCAAAUGUCAAGCUUUUUUUUUUUCUUAAUUCUCUUUCUUUACAUGUUUUUUGGUUUGUUUGUCUAGCUAAUAAUUUAUCCAUUCGUCUGUAUUCUGUCUGCAUCUUCUCUGUUAGACUAUGGUUGCUGUGGAAAACCGUGUAUCCUAGGACAGGCUUUGGGGUUUCUCAGAGGAGGACACCAAUGACAGAGUGCUGCUUCAUAUCUGCUCCAACACCAAAAAGUAUCCUCUUACUCAGUCUGCACUGCUGAUGACACACACACACACACAGACACACACACAGACACACAUACAUCCAUACACACACAGACACACACAUCCAUACACGUAGACACACACACACAUCCAAACACACAGACACACACACAGACACACACACAUCCACACACGCAGACACACAUGCAGACACACACGCAGACACACACACGCAGACACACACACAAAGACACACAUGCAGACACACACGCAGACACACACUCAGACACACACAGACACACACACAGACACACAUGCAGACACACACGCAGACACACACACAGACACACACGCAGACACACACGCACAUACAGUGGGGGAAAAAAGUAUUUAGUCAGCCACCAAUUGUGCAAGUUCUCCCACUGAAAAAGAUGAGAGAGGCCUGUAAUUUUCAUCAUAGGUACACGUCAACUAUGACAGACAAAUUGAGGAAAAAAAUUCCAGAAAAUCACAUUGUAGGAUUUUUUAUGAAUUUAUUUGCAAAUUAUGGUGGAAAAUAAGUAUUUGGUCACCUACAAACAAGCAAGAUUUCUGGCUCUCAUAGACCUGUAACUUCUUCUUUAAGAGGCUCCUCUGUCCUCCACUCGUUACCUGUAUUAAUGGCACCUGUUUGAACUUGUUAUCAGUAUAAAAGACACCUGUCCACAACCUCAAACAGUCACACUCCAAACUCCACUAUGGCCAAGACCAAAGAGCUGUCAAAGGACACCAGAAACAAAAUUGUAGACCUGCACCAGGCUGGGAAGACUGAAUCUGCAAUAGGUAAGCAGCUUGGUUUGAAGAAAUCAACUGUGGGAGCAAUUAUUAGGAAAUGGAAGACAUACAACACCACUGAUAAUCUCCCUCGAUCUGGGGCUCCACACAAGAUCUCACCCCGUGGGGUCAAAAUGAUCACAAGAACGGUGAGCAAAAAUCCCAGAACCACACAGGGGGACCUAGUGAAUGACCUGCAGAGAGCUGGGACCAAAGUAACAAAGCCUACCAUCAGUAACACACUACGCCGCCAGGGACUCAAAUCCUGCAGUGCCAGACGUGUCCCCCUGCUUAAGCCAGUACAUGUCCAGGCCCGUCUGAAGUUUGCUAGAGUGCAUUUGGAUGAUCCAGAAGAGGAUUGGGAGAAUGUCAUAUGGUCAGAUGAAACCAAAAUAGAACUUUUUGGUAAAAACUCAACUCGUCGUGUUUGGAGGACAAAGAAUGCUGAGUUGCAUCCAAAGAACACCAUACCUACUGUGAAGCAUGGGGGUGGAAACAUCAUGCUUUGGGGCUGUUUUUCUGCAAAGGGACCAGGACGACUGAUCCGUGUAAAGGAAAGAAUGAAUGGGGCCAUGUAUCGUGAGAUUUUGAGUGAAAACCUCCUUCCAUCAGCAAGGGCAUUGAAGAUGAAACGUGGCUGGGUCUUUCAGCAUGACAAUGAUCCCAAACACACCGCCCGGGCAACGAAGGAGUGGCUUCGUAAGAAGCAUUUCAAGGUCCUGGAGUGGCCUAGCCAGUCUCCAGAUCUCAACCCCAUAGAAAAUCUUUGGAGGGAGUUGAAAGUCUGUGUUGCCCAGCGACAGCCCCAAAACAUCACUGCUCUAGAGGAGAUCUGCAUGGAGGAAUGGGCCAAAAUACCAGCAACAGUGUGUGAAAACCUUGUGAAGACUUACAGAAAACGUUUGACCUGUGUCAUUGCCAACAAAGGGUAUAUAACAAAGUAUUGAGAAACUUUUGUUAUUGACCAAAUACUUAUUUUCCACCAUAAUUUGCAAAUAAAUUCAUAAAAAAUCCUAAAAUGUGAUUUUCUGGAGAAUUUUUUUAAUCAUUUUGUUUGUCAUAGUUGACGUGUACCUAUGAUGAAAAUUACAGGCCUCUCUCAUCUUUUUAAGUGGGAGAACUUGCACAAUUGGUGGCUGACUAAAUACUUUUUUCCCCACUGUAACACAAAGACUAAAGAGAACACACUCUUUCUUAACAAUUUCAUCACAGAGUGACUUGCUGGAUUAUGAACAUUAAAGAACCCAGUGUGAGUACAGAGAUUUUCAACAUUUUACUCAUUCAUUCAAUUGCAUGUGUAUCAUCCUCUAGCACCGCCAUACACUGCAGGGUUAGCGGGAGAGAAGGAGAGAAAGAGAUGCGCUUUCGUUCCUGGUUAGUGUUGCUAAACGUUGACUUACUGCGUCAUGUCUUCCAGAAAUCUUCUAAAUCUGCGACAUGGCGUUACCUGCAGUGGAUGAUAGCGCUCUGGCCCGUUGCAGUCUGCCCCAUGGACAUCGACCUGAUGUUCCCUAUCAAGGACAAGACCCACCACGGUCUGAUGCGGGCCAUGAAGGUAACCUAGGGCCCCAGUCAAAAGUAGUGCACUAUAUAGGGAAUGUGGUGCCAUUUUGGACGGAGGCCUAGUAUAAUGAUUAUUAUUGUUACAUGUUUAUUACACCUUCAGUCUUACAUCAGACAGGACUUCUUCCACCACUACUUCUACUGACAAAGUGAGAAAACCUCUUAUCUGUGUUAGGAUGGGAUGAAUAGGUGGGCAAAGAAGACUGAGGGCAGUGUUUGUCUCCUCAACAACAAAAAGCUACCAGCUGAGACAAAUUUGAACCCCCCCAACUAAGGCAAGUUUGGUGUGGUGUGCAACUGAACAUUGAAACGUCAUUGCUGAUGAUCCUUGUGAACGACAACUGUUUACCUCCUGUAUGUUCUUUAGAGAACAAUUUCACAAAGGAUAAAGAUCCAAGGUCAGAUCUUCAUCCCAACAGGAAGUGGGAAUAUGUAAGAAAUGACUGUAAAAUCAGAUUGUUGUACUUCAAAUCUUCCAUUGUAAUGGAUCAGUGUAAGGGGCCCAAAUCUGCUCCAUAUAGAGAGGUUCAGAUGAACCCACGUUGCUGCUCUCCUCUCUGGGUUGUCUUGUAGGCGGGGGGGGGCAAGCUGGGGGAGAGGCCCUCCACCGCGUCAGUGCAGGUACGCAGCUGUAUCCUGAGACUGAAGGGGAGUCUGUGGUGCAGAGCGUACAUGAACCCUGCGAGGACCACUGCCAAGACCACCACCAUGGUAGGGCAACUGUGGGCACCGAUAAUACCGGCAGCCACUAUUUCAAACACUUAAGCUGCAUCUCCAUGAUGAUUUGUUAAUGACCUUGAUACCAUGUCACUCACAGUACACCAAGAGGGACAUCAUCAGGAGUGUGUACAGCAGUGCCAAAAACGUAUUUGAACAUCUGACAAAUGAUGAAAACUCAGGUAGGAUACAACUGAUGAAUAGUUAGUUACCAGUGCAGUAGGACGUCUUAAACGGCCUUGAAAUUCAAUAAGUAGUCCACAGCUAUGCCACUAGAUGGCGGUGGUCAGGCACUGUAGUUUUUCUUGUACACUCAACUAGCAUCAUGCAUGACAAUAUGACAGAGGCUCUUGAGUAACUGUAAAAUAUGUAAAAACAAUCUUUGACCUUUGUAUAUAAAACAGGUACGCAUAUGUCUGUGUGCAUGUGUGACCCUACAGAUAUCCAUGCCUAUGUCUCAAUUUGUAAGUCGCUCUGGAUAAGAGCGUCUGCUAAAUUAUGUAAAUGUGAUUGUAAAUGUGUGUGUGUUUGUGUUUGUUUGCAUGUUUGCGUGUGUGUGUGUUUGCGUGUGUCUAUGUGUGUGUGUGUGCGUGUGUCUCUAUAGCGAAUGCGUUCAUGGGCUCCCAGGCUCUGGCCAAGCGGUUGUUCUUCCUGGUUCCCAACACUGGCAUCUCUCUGUGUGACUACAUACUCUCCUCUAAGACGGAGGCAGCUGUCCAGGAGAGGGUGAGGGAGUGGGUAGGCUUCACCAUCCCUGACGGGCAGCUCCAUAUCACCCAGCAGCUGGUACAGGGCAGGUUAGAGUGGCACCAAGGUAGGCUAGGUACUGGUUCAGCUCCAUCUAUGCUGUCUGAAAUGGCACCCUAUUCCUCAUAUAGUGCACUACUUUUGACCUGAGCCCUAGUUGCCAUGAGAUAAUCUGGUGGUCAGCUAGAUGUUUUGUCUUAAGCCAAUGUCCUCUUGAUGUUCCUUGAGGGGGUGAAGAUAUACUUGGCUACAUUUUGGAAAGUGAGUGACUCAAACGUGACUUGACCGCUAUCCUAAAUAGGCCUAUUACAGGUGAGAUGAUGUCACAGCAGUAAAUGUUGUUUCCUCCUCAUACAUGCCUGUUGUCUGUCAUCAACUUUAUUCCUCUUGAUGUCAUGUUUUAAAAUGCAUGUAGGGCAGGCUAUCAGCAAUUAGUUAUAUUCUAGAUAAUCGUUCUAUUCUAUUCUAUUCUAUUUACUUUUGCCACUACCUGUGUCUGUCUGCUUUAUAAGGUUCCUCCCCAGUUUCAGUUUCUGUCCCACCCAUAGCAUACUGUACAUCUCAAUAAGAUAUCUGUGCCCUUUGUGACACAGUUGCGGUAUGUGUUCAGAUCUUGUCGCGACCUGUUUCCACAAUCAUCUGUGUGGUUUACAGAUGAUUGAGCAUCAAUGUGGAUUUUUUUUAUAAAAGACAAGCAGAGGAAAAUAAAUAGCUGAAGUCAAUUGAUCUCCCCCAGGCUUCAGAUAUGUGUUACAAUAAAGAAGGUGGUUCCUUGCCGCCUUUCUGCCUGUAGUUUAGUGAUGUGUACACUAAUAGUAACCUCGCCUCGCUCUGCUAUGUUAAACUCUACCAUUGAGUCAUCCAUCUCAGAGAGGUCAAUACUUGUCUGAAAAGCAAAAUCCAGGGGUCAAGUGUAGGUUUAGGUACUGGCCACACAGAUCACAUUUGUCACACCUAGCGGUGGUGCUUUUGUAAGGUGUGGUAUGUCUGGUCAACCAAGCGCUUGCCCUGAGUUCUUCCAUUAGAGAAACUAAUCCAUUAGCUAAAGCAGUUAGGAAGCAGUUAGGAAGCAGGUAGGAAGCAGUUAGGAAGCAUGUAAGAAGCAGGUAGGAAGCAUGUAAGAAGCAGGUAGGAAGCAGUUAGGAAGCAGGUAGGAAGCAGUUAGGAAGCAUGUAAGAAGCAGGUAGGAAGCAUGUAAGAAGCAGGUAGGAAGCAGGUAGGAAGCAGUUAGGAAGCAGGUAGGAAGCAGUUAGGAAGCAUGUAAGAAGCAGGUAGGAAGCAUGUAAGAAGCAGGUAGGAAGCAGGUAGGAAGCAGUUAGGAAGAAGUUAAGAAGCAGAGGAAGUUGAGUGUCUAACAGCUUUUAUUCUGGUUGGAGAUUCAGAGGAGGGCAUGGACUGCACCUGGGUCCCGGUGUACAAGAUCCAGCAGAGGCGCAAAAUCACCAUGGGUAUGUUGCGAUGCAGCAUAGCCUCUCUCCCGCCUUCCGUUUACUUUCCCCCUCUCCUCCAUAUUACUCAGUCCAUAUUACUCAGUCCAUAUUACUCAGUCCAUAUUACUCAGUCCAUAUUACUCAGUCCAUAUUACUCAGUCCAUAUUACUCAGUCCAUAUUACUCAGUCCAUAUUACUCCUCCUCUCCUCUGGGUUGUAGGUGUGGCAGCGGCUUCAGGAGUCGCCCUGGUGGCUUAUCUCAUCGGCAUGGUCGUCCUAGAAGAGUGACAAUCUGACCCACGGAGUCAAGCGGUUCAAUCCCAGGAUGUGGCACGCACAGGGCAUCAGAACAUCCCCCGGAUUCCCGUAAAUUAAAGGGGCCUGCGAAAUGACAAGGAAGUUAAGAUGUGUUUUCCAGUUUCUAUUCACCCAUUCCAGUAACAGAUGACAGUGUGUCUAGAAAUACACUUUCUGGGUUCAUUGUUAGAGGGGCCCAUUCAUAUUUGCGGUGUGAGACAGCAAAGUCACAUGGAAGGAGUCGUGUGUAUUUUGCCCAUUUAUUUUCACAUGAGAUCAGAGCCACCAGCUGCUAUAGUUUUACAUACUAAUGGGAGCAUCAUGCCCCGGACCGGGUCCUCAGCCCUUUGUCAUGCCUCAUGAUGUGACGUCAUCUCAGUGGGGUUUUGUGUGGGUCAACUAGAGUGUUGCAGCUGGUGCCAUGAAUCAAAGCACACAACACAAACUGAGAAACAACCUACACAAUAAACAGAGAGAGAGGGAUGGGGGAGCUUAUUAUAACUAUUGUAGGUAAAUAUUUGUGUUAGCUAAUCUCGUUCUCGGAAGUCUCGGGGGAUUCAUGCAUAGCCCACUGUCUAAACAUAAAUGUAGCAGUUAAAUAACACGCAUUAUGUCAUGUGUUUUGGUACAGCGCUACAGUGUUGACGUUAUGGAACUUUAUAGAUCUUGUUUUGUUUGGUGCUAAUAUCUGUGUCUCAGCCCUUCCAUACGGCACUUGA